AUGGCGAGCGACACGGGAGUCAACAUCAUGGUCGGCCUCUUGGCCUUUAUCUUCGUAGUGACAUUCUCAUCAUGCUGCUUCCUUCUUCACAUGCACUACGUCAAGCGGCACAGACUUGUCGUUGUUUCACUAGAACCACGGAGGAGACGCGGCGGCACUGUCAACGGCGAUGGCACCGGAGGGAGCGAGGACCACGCAGAGGAAAUGAGAAACAACAGAGACGUAGGUAACGAGUUGGGCCGGACUGGUGGCGCUGUGAAUGAUGGGGGGACCGGCCCGGACAAUCUGAGGUGCUCAGCAGAGCCGCCUGUCCGAAGUUGA